GCGACAUGGUUUUGGACAACUACAAUGCCCUGCACAUCGGCGCCAUGUUCUCGCGCGAGGACAUCGUCAAGAUGCUGCUCACCAAGAAGGGAGUGGACGUGUACGCCACUGGAGGGACGAAGCAGCAGACGGCAGUGCACCUGGUGGCCAGCAGGCAGACCGGCACAGCCACUAGUAUCCUCCGAGUGCUGCUCAACGCCGCCGGCAAGGAGAUACGUCUGCGGCCCGACGGGAGGGGCAAGAUCCCGCUGCUGCUGGCCGUGGAGGCGGGCAACCAGUCCAUGGUGCGCGAGUUGCUGGGGCAGCAGGCGGCGGAGCAGCUGCGGGCGGCCACGGAGGGCGGCGACUCGGCGCUGCACCUGGCGGCGCGCCGCAAGGACGUCGACAUGGUGCGCAUACUCGUCGACUACGGCACCAACGUCGACAUUCAGAACGGCGAGGGCCAGACGGCGCUGCACAUCGCGGCGGCGGAGGGCGACGAGACGCUCGUCAAGUACUUCUACGGCGUGCGGGCCAACGCCGCCAUCAUCGACCACCAAGAUCGCACGCCCAUGCACCUGGCGGCGGAGAACGGCCACGCCAGCAUCAUCGAGAUCCUGGCCGACAAGUUCCGCGCCUCCAUCUUCGAGCGCACCAAGGACGGCAGCACACUCAUGCACAUCGCGUCGCUCAACGGCCACGCCGAGUGCGCCAUGAUGCUGUUCAAGAAGGGCGUGUACCUGCACAUGCCCAACAAGGGAGGCGCGCGCAGCAUCCACACGGCGGCCAGGUACGGCCACGUGGGCAUCAUCAACACCUUGCUGCAGAAGGGGGAGAAGGUGGACGUCACCACGCACGACAACUACACGCCGCUGCACAUCGCCGUGGAGUCGGCCAAGCCCGCCGUCGUGGAGACGCUACUCGGCUACGGCGCCGACGUACACGUCACGGGCGGCAAGCUGCGGGAGACGCCGCUCCACAUCGCGGCGCGCGUCAAGGACGGCGACAAGUGCGCGCUCAUGCUGCUCAAGUCGGGCGCCGGGCCCAACCUGACCACCGGCGACGGCCAGACGCCCGUGCACGUCGCCGCCAAGAACGGCAACGUCGCCACGCUCGUGCUGCUGCUCGACGACGGCGGGGACCCGCUCUUCAAGUCCAAGAACGGGGAGACGCCGCUGCACCUGGCGUGCCGCGGCUGCCGCGCCGACGUGGUGCGCCAGCUGAUCGAGUUCGUGCGCACCAAGCACGGCGCCGACGUGGUGCCGCAGUACGUGAACUCGCUGACGGAGGAUGGUGCCAGCGCGCUGCACUACGCCGCCUCCGCCUCCAAGCCCGAGGUGGAGCGCCCCAUGACAGACAAGGAGACGGUGCAGCUGCUGCUGGAGAACGGCGCCGACGUGUCGCUCAUCACCCGCACCACCAUGGAGACGGCGUUCCACCGGUGUGCGGAGGCGGGCAACAACGACAUCCUCACCGAGAUGCUGAGCCACAUGUCGCAGACAGAGGUGCAGAAGGCGCUGAACCGGCAGACGGCGGUGGGCUGGACGCCGCUGCUGAUCGCCUGCCACCACGGCCACAUGGAGAUGGUCACCACGCUGCUGGGCAACCACGCGCGGGUCGACGUGUUCGACAACGAGGGUCGCUCGGCGCUGCACCUCGCCGCCGACCGCGGCUACCUCCAGGUGUGCGACGCCCUGCUGACCAACAAAGCCUUCAUCAACAGCAAGUCGAGAGUUGGCCGGACAGCUCUGCAUCUCGCCGCCAUGAACGGAUACGCUUAUCUCGUCAGGUUCCUGAUCCAGGACCACAAUGCCGUGAUUGACGUGCUGACGCUAAAGAAGCAGACGCCACUGCACCUGGCGGCAGGCGCCGGCCAGCUCGAGGUGUGCAAGCUGCUGCUGGAACUGGGCGCCGACAUCGACGCCACCGACGACAACGGCCAGAAGCCCAUCCACGCGGCCGCCAUGAACAACUACGCCGAGGUGGCCCAGCUGUUCCUGCAGCAGCACCCCUCGCUCGUCAUGGCCUGCACCAAGGACGGGAACACGUGCGCGCACAUCGCCGCCAUGCAAGGAUCAGUGCGCGUGAUCGAGGAGCUGAUGAAGUUCGACCGGCAGGGCGUCAUCUCGGCGCGCAACCGCAUCACGGAGUCGACGCCGCUGCAGCUGGCGGCCGAGGGCGGCCACGCCGAGGUGGUGAAGGCGCUGGUGCGGGCCGGGGGCAGCUGCUCCGACGAGAACAAGGCCGGCUUCACAGCGGUGCACCUCGCCGCGCAGAACGGACACGGCGCCGUGCUGGAGGUCAUGAGGUCGACGCAGUCCCUGAGGAUAUCCAGCAAGAAGCUGGGCGUCACGGCGCUCCACGUCGCGGCGUACUUCGGCCAGGCCGAGAUCGUGCGGGAGCUGCUGACCAUCCCGGCCACGGUCAAGUCGGACCCGCCCAGCGCGGCCAGCCUGGUGGGCGAGCUGGGCAACGAGUCGGGCAUGACCCCGCUGCACCUCGCCGCCUACUCGGGCAACGAGAACGUGGUGCGGCUGCUGCUCAACUCGGCCGGCGUGCAGGUGGACGCAGCCACCACCGAGAACGGCUACAACCCGCUGCACCUGGCCUGCUUCGGCGGCCACAUCACGGUGGUGGGCCUGCUGGUGAGCCGUGCGGCCGACCUGCUGCACAGCGGGGACCGGCACGGCAAGACGGGCCUGCACAUCGCCGCCACGCACGGCCACUACCAGAUGGUGGAGGUGCUGCUGGGCCAGGGCGCCGAGAUCAACGCCACGGACAAGAAUGGCUGGACGCCCCUGCACUGCGCGUCCCGCGCGGGCUGCUUCGACGUGGUCCGCCUGCUGGUCGACUCCGGGGCGUCGCCCAAGUCCGAAACCAACUUCGGGAGCCAGCCCAUCUGGUUCGCCGCCUCGGAAGGCCACAACGACGUCCUCAAGUACCUCAUGACCAAGGAGCACGACACCUACAGUCUCAUGGAGGACCGCAGGUUCGUGUACAACCUGAUGGUCUGCAGCAAGAACCACAACAACCGGCCCAUCGAGGACUUCGUGCUGGCGUCGCCGGCGCCCGUGGACGCAGCGGCCAAGCUCUCCAACAUAUUCAUCAACCUGUCCACCAAGGAGAAGGAGCGCGCCAAGGACCUGAUAGCCGCGGGCAAGCAGUGCGAGGCGAUGGCCACGGAGCUGCUGGCUCUCGCGGCCGGCUCCGACUCGGCAGGGCGCGUCCUCACCGCCACCGACCGCCGCAACGUCGAGUUCCUGGACGUGCUCAUCGAGAACGAGCAGAAGGAGGUCAUCGCGCACACCGUGGUGCAACGGUACCUGCAGGAGCUGUGGCGGGGCAGCCUCAACUGGGCCGCCUGGCAGACCAUGCUCCUGUUCUUCGCGUUCAUCUGCUGCCUGCCCGUGUGGGUGGUGUUCACCCUGCCGCUCGGCCACCGCUACAGCAAGGUGCCCAUCAUCAAGUUCAUGUCCUACCUCACCUCGCACGUCUACCUCAUGGUGUUCCUCAUGCUCACCGGCAUCACGCCCGUCUACCCGGUGGUGCGUGGCUCGCUGCUGCCCUACUGGUACGAGUGGGUGCUGCUGGUGUGGCUGUCCGGCCUGCUGCUCUUCGAGCUGACCAACCCGAGCGACAAGAGCGGCCUGGGCUGGAUCAAGCUGGCCGUCCUGCUGUUCGGCAUGUUCGGGGUGGCGCUGCACGUGCUGGGCUACGUGGCCGUCGGCCGCCAGUACUGGCCCACGCUCAUGUACCUGCGCAACCAGCUGUUCGCCAUCUCCUUCCUCUUCUCCUGCGUGCAGAUCCUCGACUUCCUCUCCUUCCACCACCUGUUCGGCCCCUGGGCCAUCAUCAUCGGCGACCUCAUGAAGGACCUGGCGCGCUUCCUCGCCGUGCUCGCCAUCUUCGUGUUCGGCUUCUCCAUGAACAUCGUGGCGCUGAACCAGCCCUUCAUGAACCAGACCCCGCGCGAGAUCCGGAAGAACGCCAAGCCGCACCAGUACACGGGCCUCUUCGGCGAAGUUCGAAUCAGCCCACUGGAAUCUUUCGAGCUGCUGUUCUUUGCUGUGUUUGGGAUGACCACACCAACUCAUCUUCAAAAAGAAACCAAACAGCCAGCGUGGACCACGUAUUUAUUUAAGGCGGUGUUCAUGAUCUACAUGCUGGUGUCGGUGGUGGUGCUGAUCAACCUGCUGAUCGCCAUGAUGUCGGACACGUACCAGCGCAUCCAGGCGCAGUCCGACAUCGAGUGGAAGUACGGCCUGGCCAAGCUGAUCCGCAACAUGCACCGCACCACGACCACGCCCUCGCCGCUCAACCUGGUCACCUCCUGGCUCGUCCUGCUGCUCAGCAUGUGCCGCAAGCGCAUGACGAAGCGGAAGCGACCGAGCCUGGUGCACAUGAUGGGCAUGCACCAGAGCAGGGUCAGCCCCCGCACCAAGAUGGGCGCCAAGUGGCUGCAGAAGGUCAAGAAGGGCCAGGUCGCUCCUAAAGACUCGGUGGGGCUGGGCGUGGUGCACCUGAGCCCGCUCGGCUCGCAGAUCAGCUUCAGCAACCUGCAGCGCAUCGAGAACGUCACGGACUGGGAGGUGAUCGGCAAGAAGUACCGCGCGCUCAUGGGCACGCUGGACGAGCGCAGCCACGACACCAACUCGCCCACGGACGAGACGGGCAGCGAGAGCGAGCACCACAACAACAACAACAACAACGUCGUCGCGUGAAGGCACGCGUCCCCACAGAGCUUCCGCUCGGCUUCCCCGGAGAGGAGCCGGCGUCCGGCAUUCCGAACAUCAUUUGUAUUCACUUACGCUUUUCUAUUCCAAGUGCAGUGAAGCUGUAACAAUGAAAAUUGGGGUUAAGAGUAAUUCAUGCACAAAAUUAAUUUGUAAAUCCCAGUUUCAAGACAUUAUUGAGUGAACAGCAGGACUGCUUACGUCAGUCUGGAGGACAAUCUGUAUUCAGAGAAUGUUUCGAUAAGUUUGUAAGCACUGCAAAAACAAUUCCUAAAAAUUCUAAAAAAAAUUCUCAUUUACAGUUUUAUUUAAAACUAAAGUAUUUUAAAAUCAUUGACUUAAAAAACUAAACAAAUAUUUGUUAAAAAAAAAAUUCCUCCUCCAACUCCACUCCCCUUCUCUUUAUAUUCCAAGUGAGUAUAUGUUCAAAAUUGAUAUUUGUAUUUAAAUUAGUUUCAAAUUUAAAAAAUAAAACUGAUAUUUUUAUAGGCCUACGGCGAGUACUUCGGAGAAGAUGGUGCGAAUAAUAUAGCCGCCAGUGUCGUUUAGAAAAUCGUACAUUUCACUGCUGACUCAUUAUAUUGUGUCAUUUUCAAAAAAAGCAAUUUUUCUGAAAAUUACGUGGUUUUAGACUGUGCCCUAAGUGGUGCUGCAAAAUUUUAUAUGUUGAAGCUGUGUAAAAAAUGUACUAAUUAGCAAAUAUUGAAAAAUGUUUACACCAAUAUUAUUUAUUUUGAAAAGUACAAAAUGUAUAGUAAUUUUUAUAAAAGCCUAGGUAAUGUACAUUUUUCUGUUUUAAGUAAAACAGGAUGUAUGUUACAAAAAUAUAUUUAUGUAUGUAUGUGUAUAAAAUGAAAAUUUAUUUUAAUUUGAUUUCGACAGUUGUCAUAUUUCAAUUAAGUUUGCAAAAAUUACAAAACAUAAUAGCAAAAGUUUUCAAAGCAUUGGGCAGCUCGCUAUGUCAUUUUAGAUUGGUUAAUUUUUUAUAAAAUGGAAAAAAUUAUUAAUGAUUAUGAGGUGAAAGCAGUUAAUGAUAUCUUCUUUUCUGUUUAAUCAUUAUUAAAAUGACUACUUUUAUUAUUUAUAUAUCUGGUCAUGAUACGAGUAUGGUAGCCCUAAAUAAUCUGUACAAAUUUGACCAAUUUUAUUGAUCAGUAACUUAAUGCUUUAAAAUUUUUCAUCAGUUUAAAAAAAUGGUGUGAGGACCAUUAAAAGAUAUCUUUUAUUCCUUACAAUAUCUGGAAUUUUAUUA